AUGGCAGAAGCAAAACUGGGCCCUGAAGACCCAGAUGAGACGGACCCACAAACUGCAGAUGAACUUCUCAUCGGUUCCAGUUUGACCACGAAGGAGCUGCAGCAGAACCUGAGGAAGCUGAAGCAGUGUCACCGACCCGUUCGGGUUCUGUUUGAAAUCCCAUCGAGCCGGGUCGUCCAGCAGCCUCUCAGCAAACACGUGGUGUAUAAGAUCGUGGUGAUGCGCUCAGGCAGCUUCGAUUCUCACCGUGUUUCCGUGGAGCGCCGCUACAGCGACUUCUUCUGUUUUCACCACAAACUGCUGCAGGAGUUCGAGGAGGAGCUGGAGGACGUGCCUCUGCCCCCGAAGCUCCUGGCGGGGAACUUCAGCCCUGAGAACAUCUCCAAGCGCCGCCUGGCCCUGCAGGACUACCUGGCCAAGAUGUUCGCUGCUCGCUGCGUCCGACACUCCCCUCAUUUCCCAGCAUUCUUCACUGAGCACGAGCAGAAGCAGGCCCACAUGUUGCUACGAGCCGGCCAGUUCACAGCAGCUCUGGAGCUCCUGCAGACGGUUCUGGAGAUUCAGGAGAAGCUGUUACCCUGGCAGAAGUCCACCCUGACUCUCCCAACCCUGUCCGCCCUCGCUGUGUGUUACCGUGACCUGGAUGAGCCGGAGCAGGCCUUUGCCGCCGCUCACAGAGCUCUGCCUGCGGCGAGACGCUACGGGCCAAAGAGCCACAGAGCGUCGCUGCUGGAGAUGCUGGUGGAUCUGGGAUACCAGCUGAGACGACCCGUAGUCCAGCUGCAGGACGAGCUGACAGGCCUCAGAGACACCGAGAGGGGGGAGGUGUCCUUCCGCUCGCUUAAAGAGGUGGUGAUCCACCAGUUCACCUGA